ACACUGACAGCUUCUUCCACCCGUUCCAACCUCCCUCCCUCCCUUGACCCCUUCCACCUUACCAUUGCACUGUUGAUUCCGGUUCACUUUUUCUGUGCGUGCAUUUACCUGUGUGUGUGCAAGUAAAGACGGGUAGCCCAUUAACAGACUUCCCCUCAAAAGCUGGAGCCGUGCACAGCAUUCCGAUCCGCAAAGGGUUUUUGUGUUUUUGCAUCAAGCUGCGUGCUAUUUUGCGGUACCGUGCACAACAGCACUAACCCCCGUGCAUCCACACUGAGCACUGAGCAACGCGAAGGCGCCACAGAGGAAACAAACGCGGCAUCAACAACACAACAUACACACUAUGGAGGAACGUACCGGAACGGAACGCAUCUACGGUGGUUGCGAGGGACCGGAUGCGAUGUACGUGAAGCUCAUCUCGUCCGACGGGCACGAGUUUAUCGUCAAGCGCGAACAUGCACUCACCUCCGGCACUAUCAAGGCGAUGCUUUCCGGGCCGGGCCAGUUCGCUGAGAAUGAGGCGAACGAAGUAAACUUUAGGGAAAUACCUUCGCACGUGCUCGAAAAGGUCUGCAUGUACUUCACCUACAAGGUACGCUACACGAACAGCUCCACGGAAAUACCGGAGUUCCCCAUCGCACCGGAGAUUGCGCUGGAGCUGCUGAUGGCGGCCAACUUUCUCGACUGCUAGGAGCUAGAGUGUUACGGUUUAACUUUGGUUUCCACAGGCCAUUUGUUUGUUUUUUUUCUUCUUUUUGUUUCGCUUAUCUUAUGCGUUGCGAUUACUCUUGUAUAAACAGAACAGAAAACUAGGACAACCCUCCCCCGUUUGAAUGCGUGUGUGUGUGUGUGGGACAUAACAAAAAAAACCACUGAUUACAUCCAAAUCCUUCCCCCAACCCCGGUGCGUUACAACACGGCGGCACACGUUAGGCGGACGCAACAGAGAAAGACAUUUCAAUCGGUGGCUUCCCUAUCGAUGUACGCCAAUGGGUGCAGUGUGUUAGAGAGUGUCCAUGCAAAAAAAAAAAGAAGGAAUUUCCGGCUAGAGUACACGGACAAAGGAAUGCAGCCUUUAGCUUAAAGCUAUAUUAUGAUUAAGAAUUCACACUCAUUCUUCUUCCCACGUUGCGAUUGGGUGAGGGUUACCAUUUCACCGAUUGGUUUUCCGCUCCGCUGUAAGGGGGUUCGAACCGGGCAGAGAAAAAUCGGGUCCUCUCCAUCGUUUGACUUCGCCGUGAGAAAGAUGGCAGAGGUCGUCCGAAGGAAAAGGAUGCGCGCGUGAACGCUGAGAUACCCUUUUUUGGUGUAAAAAUUACUGUGUGGCAUUUUUCUUUUUUCUUUUGUUUGUUUCCAUUUUAUAUUAUGUUAGUUUCUUCUCUUCACUAUAAUCAUUACGAUUAAUAAAUAAAAAAAAUCGUCGAAAAUUUGGUAAAGGAAGGAAAAACAAAA